AUGCCGUCAGCAAGGGUCGCAUGUGCCAAGAUUACGGGAUCGACAAACAAGACCAAAUAUCAUACUGGCUUUGAUCAUGAACUUCACUCUUCGAAUGUUUCUAAAUUCCUGGCUCCCUUGAACGAGUGGAACUCAACGGCCGUCGCCAUUUCUCUCCCGUUGAACGGUCAGCAGCUCACGUACGGUCUGGACUCAAUUGAUAAGCCUGCACAACGUCUGGACGCGGUCUACAAACGCGAAGAUAAAACCCUUGGUGCCAUGAUCAAGGAUGACCGUCUACCGCAUCCCCCCGAUUUCAAGGAGAACCCAUCGAUCAUGGCCAUACCACUCGCCCCGCCCCCUCCGCCCAAGCUGGAGUGGGACUGGGACAUAGAACACGAAGAUCGAAGGAAGGAAGCCAAGGCAGAUGCUGCUAUGCAUGGCGCGGCGCCGUUCUUGGUCGACAGAAGAGUUCUGAAGGACGUUGUCACAGAAAAAGUGGGCGUUGAUGUCGGCAGGAUCUCAUUCCUCAGCUCUGGCACAUUUCACAAGGCGUAUCUGGUUACACUGGCUGACCGUUCUGAGCUAGUGGCACGAGUGGCACGGAGGUUUAUGCCGCGUCUCAAGACAGAAUCAGAAGUCGCAACCAUGAGCUACUUACGCGAGAACACGAACAUCCCUGUACCCACCGUCUAUCACUAUGAUUCUAAUCCCUAUAAUCGGCUAGGGGGCGAGUAUAUCUUAAUGUCCAAGGCUUCCGGGAUUCCGUUAUCCCGAGUGUACCACUCCAUGCCCUAUAACGAGCUGGUGAAACUCCUUGACAACCUGGCCGCGCUUAUAAUACCCCUAUUCGCUCACCGCUUCCCCCAACUUGGAUCUCUUUACUUCGAUUCAUCAGCUAACAGAACUGUGGUGCAACCCUCUUCCGCUGCUACCCCUCGCGCUUCUGAGCAUCCAUAUACUUCGUUCCCCUUCUUGCCGGUCAACAACGCAGCGAAUCUUUCUCUUGCAGUCGCGCGAAAACUGCAGAAGCCCACACCUAAGCCCGCUUCCCAAGAGAUUACUGUCGGUCCUAUCAUUUCUUGGCCCUUCUUCGGCUCUGGGCGUGGUGAUCUAUCUACAAGAGAACUCGAUCGGGGCCCUUGGGCAUCAGCUUCCGCGUAUUUCGAAGCCUGCGCUAACCGGGAGAUUUCUGGCGUCAUUCGGGAGAACGAAGGAAAGUCUGCACCUCAUCGGCUUCAUCUUGACCCGGAUGAAAUCCAUUCUUCACGGCAUCACCACCUUAGCGCUGUCCCAGAUGACCAAAGUGACGACAGCGACGAAUAUGAUCUCGAGGAAAGUGAGGAAGAAUGGGAAGGGCCUGGAGACGCUAUGUACAGGGACUACCGACGGAUGCAGCGAAGCACGUUCUUGGUAGCGCAUCUGUCAGAGCGCGAGGAGAGAGUGAGAACGGAGAUGCAGAGAUUCAUGAAGUUGAUGACACGUCUGACGGCUGCACUCGAGCGACGUGAUAAUUCAGAAGAGUUUGGGCUUGAUUGCCAUGACCUCAGCUUGGAGAACGUGUUCGUUGACGCCCACGAUAACACGAAAAUCACGUGUAUCAUUGAUUGGGAAUCAACGACCACUAGACCGUUGUGGGCAUGCGCCCAUCUUCCUGCAUUCCUUCAGUCAAGUCCAUUCGUAGCGAAUUUGUUUAGGGAAUCCGUCGCCCGGCUAGGGGCCACGAAGUCCACAGUAACUGUUCCGAGAUCGGGAAAGACGUUCGAUUACACAACCCUUGCUCGGGAUUGGCUGUAUUACGAACACGCUGGAACCCGUCUACGCAUGGCACACAGGUACAUUGAAUGGGACGGUUGGGAGGAAGGCCUUGCGGAUAGUAUUCUCGGGUCGGAAGACAUGGAGGAUGAGUGGUUCAAGGAGCCCGAAGAUCCCGUUCCAGAUUCAGCCGCCUUGGCGCCCGAAUCGAGAGAAAGCGAAUCUUCAUUAGGGGAGCUCCAAGCCAUGCUCGCUUCAACGCAAGCUGCGCGGCGGAAGACAACGUCCAAGCUGCCUUUCCCGAAGGAGAAGGACAAAGAGCAGAUGUUGGAUACGUCCGGGGAUAUUUGUGGCGGUCGUGGCGGUGAGCUUGGGCGGCGUCUUGAAGCAUGGUUGACCGUCUCGGAGCAGCGGGGCACAUCGAAAAGAUCGGUGGCUGACGGGCACGAUGAAGAUUAUGAAGCGGAAGCAGAGUGA